AUUUUUUAGUGAGUUUUAUGGCUGUGCAUACUAGUAUUUCAAGACAAACCGUACCAAUUUUUUUAUUUCUCUAAAACUGGGGAACUUUCAGGCUUGAAAUUUUGAUGAAAGAUAUAGGAUUACGUCUAGGUGCUUUAUAAUUUUCUUUAUAGUGUUUCGGUUUUUCGGAAUAAGGUACCAAAAAAAAAUCAACAGACAAUGGCUGUAUGGGCUAAGCUCUCUUCACCUGUAUGGAACAUAUUUAGAAAACUAAAUGUCUGCUUCAUAUUGCGUGGUUCCAAAGAGUAACUUUGUAUUAUUUUUCUCUUUGGAGUAAAACUAUAUGUUGUUUUCGAAAUAUUAAUGUCCUUUGAUUAAUAAACUAGGAAGCAAAAACUCUUCUUUGUUUAUGAAGAGCUAAUGAAAUUAUUCUAAUGGAUUUUCAAAAUAGGCCGGGUGGCAAAACUGGUGGAGGAGGAGUAGCAUCAUGGUCAGAAAGCAACAGAGAUCGCCGCGAAAGACUUCGCCAACUUGCUUUAGAGACUAUUGAUCUGAACAAAGAUCCAUAUUUUAUGAAAAAUCAUCUAGGAUCUUAUGAAUGUAAGCUUUGCCUCACGCUUCACAACAAUGAAGGGAGUUAUUUGGCUCACACUCAAGGAAAAAAACAUCAAGCUAACUUAGCCAGAAGAGCUGCUAAGGAAGCUAAGGAAGCCCCGCAGCAACUAGCCCCAGAGAAGCCUAGAAUUGAGCCUAAAAAAUUUGUAAAAAUUGGACGUCCAGGUUAUAGAGUCACAAAGCAGAAGGAUCCUGAAAAUGGACAACAGAGCUUACUCUUCCAAGUUGAUUAUCCAGAAAUUGCUGAAGGAGUGCAGCCUAGACACCGUUUCAUGUCGGCAUAUGAACAGAAAAUUGAGCCUCCAGAUCGCAGGUGGCAGUACUUGCUGUUUGCAGCAGAACCAUAUGAGACCAUUGCAUUCAAAGUGCCAAGUCGUGAAGUAGAGAAGCAUGAUUCUAAAUUUUGGACACAUUGGAAUAAGGAUACCAAACAAUUCUUUUUACAGUUUGCUUUUAAGAUUGAACCUUUACGCAUGCCACCUCCACCUCCAAAGAUGUGGGAAACUCAUGGUAUGCGAUUGCCACCACCUCCAGGUGCACCACUUAUGGGUGUACCACCGCCACCCCCCUUGUUACCAGUACCACCACCACCGCCAUCAAUGUAAAAUGGCAUUAUUUCAUAUAUUAAUAAACAUAUUUGCACAUAACAAU